AUGAACUGUCUGGUGCCGCAUGCAUUGCUGCUGCUGCUGCUGGCAGCAGCAGCAGCAGCAGACGCAGCAGCAGGAGUGUCUGCGCAGCAGGAGCUAGCCUUGGAUGAAGAAGCAGCACCAGCAGCAGCAGCAGCAGCAGCAGCAGCAGACUUUGACUAUGGUGCAAAAGCAUUCGAGAAGAAAUUUAGGAAGCAGAUAGGGGGUUUACAGGGGUCAACUGAAACAGCAGCAGCAGCAGCUGCUGCUGCAGCAGGAGCAGGAGGUCUGGACGCAGCAGCAGCAGACUCAACAGCAGCAGAAGCAGCAGCAGCAGCAGCAGAACAAGACUUCGGGGCCCUCUCUCCUUCUGAUGCAGCAAAAAUAACAAAGAGUUAUGUGGAUAUACCCAAGAGAGGAGAAGAGCAUCAACCUCAUUGGAAAGUUAGAGCGCGCAAAUUCCAGCGCAAGGCGAGUAAGUUUUUGCUGGCGGUGGUUUUGAUGUUUUUGUUUUAUCGGAUGUCUUUGUUUAUUUUGUUUGGAUUGAGAGAGAGAGCAGCAGCAGCAUUUCUGGCGAGUAGUGAAGAAGACGAAUUAGACGACUUUAUGUUUAAGCAGCAGCAGCAGCAGCAGAUGGUGCAGCUGCAGAUGCAAAAGGUAGCGCAGGGUGAAGAUGAUGAUGAUGAUGAAGUAUAA